AUGAAAACUACAAAGAUAGAGACAAUAGUAUGUGGGUUUGAGCGAGAUCAAGUGAUUGCUGGUCAACCAUAUGCUGGACAAGAUAGACACAACGGGGAAAUUGCAGCCUUUCACUUAAGCAGAAUUCUUGGCUUCAGGAAAACACCGAUUGCUGUGGGGCGUUACUUAAAUUUAGAAAAAGAAGUAAUUCCAAAUGCUGCCCCAAGAUUACUGGAGACAUUCUUUAUGAAAGAUAACAACACUUGCUUCUAUGGUAAAUGUUACUACUGCAAAGGUAAAGAAAGUGGUGCCUGUGGCAAGAAACACAUGAUGGAGGGAACAGUGGUGCUAUGGAUCUCACACAAAAUGCAACUCUUCCGUCAUCCGUGGAGUCGGACAUAUGUUCAAAAUAAAAAAGCUAAGUGGGAGGUUGAUGAAAAAUUUUGUGAUAAAGUGCUCCAAAUUGAUAUGUACAAGGGACCUGGUGUCCGUUUGUUGGACAUAAUUGAUACAGCCAUAUUUGAUUAUCUUAUAGGAAAUGCAGACAGGCAUCAUUAUGAAAUAUUUCAGUAUUUACCUGAUAGUAUGCUCAUCAUGCUUGACAAUGGAAAAAGCUUCGGCAAUCCUUACCAUGAUGAACGUUCCAUACUUGCGCCACUUUAUCAGUGUUGCAUAAUCCGAUGGGCAACAUUUGAACGUUUAAGGCUGUUACGAAAUGGUGUCCUGUCAAAAGUCCUGGAAUCUAUUUUGUCGUUUGAUCCCAUUUCCCCCGUCCUAACCACACUCCACUUGCGAGCUCUUGACCGUCGAGUGACUCAAGUUAUGCUCACUCUUACCAAUUGCAUCAAACACAAUGGACAAAAUAAAGUCUUCAUGGAGGUAGAUGGCCAAGGUGUUGGAGAAAAGCAUAUUGACCCCUAA